AUGCACAGUCUUUUGAAAGGGCCUACUGUCAAGAUCGCCCAUGCAAGCUUCGAAGAUGACACACCAACAGUCAUCUGCAAUGCCAUGCCAAAGGCAGUGGUGAAGCACUUCUCUCCCUUCUUGGACGACUGCUUCCCUCCAGCAGACAAGCUCCACGUAAGGCGAAAGGGCUGUGAUGGUGCAACACACGUUACCAUUUGCGGCGGUGUGAAAGCCGCUUUCAUUUACAUUUUCCAAUGGAUGCUCGCUUCGUGCAGAGGCACGGGUCUCCAACGAAUUGAGCGUCUUGAGUUUGCACAAUACGCCAGACUCCAUGAAGCCGCAACGCUUCUUGGGAUCCCGCGGAUUCAGCAAGAGAUGGCUACCCGCAUGGAUAAGAUGUCGAAGUCGCAGGUUCCCAUUAAAGACGUUAGGAUCAUUUACGAGAAUUUCCCCCGGGACGCCCUUGCCCGACAAAUAGUGAUACGUAGCAUCGGGGACGCCAUAUUUGAACGCCGCCUGCGUCGAUGGGACCUGUACAAGGACUUCAAGCUCGAGUGUAUCGAAUACGAUGACGACAUCUACAGCUACAUUGAGGGGAAGAAACGAGCAAUUAGAGAGGCUGAGAGGUUGGAGAAUAGGCGUCAAGAGAGGCGACGGAGAAAGAAAGAACGCAGCAAGGAAUACCAGCCCGUAGCCAGGGAGCCUCCUCAGGUCGUAAACAAGACGGUUCAAGGUGUUGUCACUCGAAAAGGCCGCGGUGCCCAGCCCACUUACGUUCGCAUCGGACUGGAAGAUUUUGGAGUUUCAAACCAGCAGUUUUCUCGUGGCGGAAAAGGAUACCCAUAG